UAAUUUUUUGGUUGUUUCAUUUGUGAAUUAGUACCUACAUCAUGAAUUGGAUCACUUGUCUUCCUUUCCUCGUUGGAUGUUUGAGCAUUCCCUUAGAUGCCAUUCAACCAAUUGACAAUUACGUUGAAGGUACAUUGGAUUAUGUUCCAAUCAAUCGAAAUUUUACUAGUCCACCGCACAGACGUGCGAAAAGAGCCGCAUCGACUGGCCCUGCCGUAGUUGAGUUGGUAAUCGUAACGGAUAAAGAAUUUGGGGACAUUUUUCAACAAGAUUAUUUCAAAAUUUUGAAUUAUUUGACUGCGUUCUUGUGGGACGUAAACAUGAGAUACAAAACGCUGUUGAACACAGACAUCUCAUUCCGACUCAAUGGACUGUUAACACAGACAACCAAAGAAUCGCAACCAUUCAUAGAAAAUUCGAGAAGAAGUAGUGAUGGAAAACUGGUAUUCGGAGAUGCUUUGGAAUCGUUUAGUAAAUGGAUGUAUGCUAGGCGAGACUGGCUGCUUAAAUUUGAUAUGGCUCUUCUCAUCACUAACACACCUGCUGAAAGGUUAGGUGGUUUGGCAAAUUUCGGAGGAGCUUGUUACCAAGAUGCAGCGAAUGGCAAAGACUUUGGUACAGUAGUUAUUACAGAUAGUGGCGCUUUUACCGGUGUACCAGCCGCAGCUCAUGAGAUGGCCCAUAAUUUAAAAGCUCCUCAUGACGACGAAGUUGAUUGUCCCUAUGGUUUUAUUAUGAGUGGAGAUUUAGGACAGGACGGAGACAGCAGAUAUUUCUUUAGCAAAUGUACUGAUGCCGCUAUAAGUGCGUUUAUCAACUCCCCCAAUGGUGAUUGCCUUAAAAGGUACGAUGGCUAUGAAACCACUCCAAUGGACAGAAACUUUUCCACUCCGAAAGCCGGGCCUAUGCUAGAUAUGUGUAGAGCAUCUUUAGGUCCGACCACUUCGAUUGAUGAGUCUUCUACAUCUAAUUAUUGUAAGAAUGUGCAGUGCAUAUACAACGGUCAUGAUCUACCAAGGGUACCAGUUGAAAAUAUUCAAUGUGGUAACAGUGGUAGAUGUUUUAGAGGUAAAUGUCGACCCGAAAGCAAAUUAUUAAAGAACGAAGCAAGUGGUUUUUGCAUGAACACGGACAAUCGUUUGUUCGGUUACAUGGUUCCUGCUAGAAUGUUUCAGUGUCCAUCUGCAAAAGACAAAACACCACUCGAAACAAUAGAAAUUAAAACUGCCCAAUCUGGACAAAAAUUGUUGGCAACACCGUUCCUGUAUAACGAUAACCAAGAAUCUGGUGAUCGAUGCUUUUGGACGGGACAGAACGAAGGCGACAUGUUAUGGACUGACAGAUGUGGUAGUAACACCAAUCCUUGGCACUACUGGGAUCUGAAAACGAUUGACGGGAAUCCGGAUAGGUUUCAGUUAGUCCACAGUGUUACGGGAAGAUGUGCUCGUGUAAUGUCGAAUGCAAGUGACUCCUAUAUUUACUCGACUCAAUGUGGUACAGACAGCAGUAUGGUUUGGAGUUGGACAGACGGAGUAUAAGAAAUGUAAUGAAAGAUAAGUGUUGGCUGAUGGAUGUUAGUAUACAUAGUGGACGUAUAAAAGUGUUAUCAGAAUGCUUUUUUCCGGACAUACUUCUUCGCCCAUGUUCGUUUACAUAUGGUGCGUAUGUUAACUAACAUAAAACACGUAUGCUUGCUCAGUGAGCAAUGCUCACGCAUCCGAAAUUAAAACAUUUUCCUAGACUUUU